UUCUCCGUACAUCACCAUCCUCACACCUGGUCCUCACACCUGGUCCUCACACCUGCUCUCCACACCCUCAAAAUGAGACUUGUGAUCCUCAUAAGCCUGGCCGCCGUCGCCCUCGCCGGUCCUCAGUAUCGUCCGGACUACCGCCACAUCGGCAUCGUGUCGGACACCCGGGAGGACCACGGCGACGGCAGGUUCAGGUACCACUUCAUCACGGAACACGGCAUCAAUGCUCACGCCACCGGCACCCCAGGCAGCCGCGGCCAGAGCAAUAUCCAGGGCGGCUUUAGCUUCCCAUUCCCUGAGGGCGGCACUGGUGAGGUGAACUAUGAGGCCGAUGAGCUGGGAUACCGACCCCAGUCCCCCCUCAUCCCCACCCCUCACCCCCUCCCCGCCCACGCCAUCGAGCAGAUACGCUUCGCAGAGGACCAGCGUCGCCGAGGCUAAAACAACCACAAGUAAGGAGGUGGAGGAGGACAUCUCCUUCCUUCAACUAGAGUGGAGUAGGAGGACUCGUUCUUCGGUCUAGUGAGGCGGAAGACAUGUCUUUCCUUCAUCUAUAGUGAAGUAAGACAUCUCAUUCCUUCAUCUAGCGAGGAGGAGGAGAACCCAUCCCUCCAAGGCGUCUGACUGAAUUUUUGAAACCUCCAAUAGCAGGAAGACCCACUUACGCAACUCCUCCCCCUCCCAACCCUCCAACUCCACUCCACCCCAUCCCCUUCCUCCAAGUUGAGGGACGACCAUCUCCGUGCAUGUUCCUGAGAAGCUUUUCGUGUAGUGGCAGUGAGGGCUGGCUGCCUAAGAACGGCCCUCACAGUCCUAUAGUACCGACAUGAGUAGUUUUGUUUUGUUCGUUUUAAAUUUUCCUUGUAUAAUCCUCCCAUGAAUAAAAGCUGCGCAGAAUUA